AUGCGGUCCGACUGGAGGGGUUGGCGCCGGGCCGGGCAUCCGCCGCGCGCAGCCGUUUGGCGCACGUGGCUGCGCACCCGGCCCCCAGCACCCUGGAGCCGCCGGCCUUGGUCGUCGGCCUCGGUUGUCGAGGCGGUGUCAUCCCCGACCAUCGUCUACGCGUUCACCGCGGCCGGCGAGAGCCCCGCGGCGGCGGCCCCCGCCCUCCCCAGGAGAUUCAUCUGCUCCUUCCCCGACUGCAGCGCCAGUUACAACAAGGCCUGGAAGCUCGAAGCGCACCUGUGCAAGCACACGGGGGAGAGACCAUUUGUCUGUGACCGUGAAGGGUGUGGCAAAGCCUUUGUCAGGGACUGCGGUCUGAGCCGCCACGUCCUGAUUCACACUGGAGAAAAGCCAUUUGUUUGUGCAGCUAGUGGCUGUGAUCAAAAAUUCAACACAAAGUCAAACUUGAGGAAACAUUUUGAACGCAAACAUGAAAAUCCGCAGAAGCAGUGUGUAUGCAGUUUUGAAGGUUGUGAGAAGACCUUUAGGAAACAGCAGCAGCUGAACAUCCAUCAGUGCCAGCACACCAACGCACCACUGUUUAAGUGUACCCAUGAAGGAUGUGGAAAGCACUUCGCUUCUCCCAGUGGGCUGAAACGGCACGGGAAGGUCCUCGAGGGUUAUAUAUGUCAAAAAGAAUGUUCCUUCGUGGCAAAAACAUGGACAGAGCUUCUGAAACAUGUGAGAGAAGCCCAUCAAGAGGAGAUAAGAUGUGAAGUAUGCCAGAACACAUUUAAACGCAAAGAUUAUCUGAAGCAACAUAAGAAAACUGAUGCCCCGGAGUGGGAUGUGUGUCGAUGCCCAAGAGAAGGCUGUGAUAGAACCUACACAACCGUGUCUAAUCUCCAGAGCCAUAUUCUCUCUUUUCAUGAGGAAAGGUGCCCGUUUACAUGUGAACAUGCUGGCUGUGGCAAGACGUUUGCAAUGAAGCAAACUCUCACUAGGCACGCCGUCGCGCAUGACCCUGACAAGAAAACGAAGCUCAAAGUAAAACCUACUCGUGAAAAGCGGAAUUUGGCCUCUCGUGUCAGUGGAUAUAUCCCUCCUAAAAAGAAACAAGAACAAGGCGUAUCUCUGCCAACAAACGGAGAGUCACUGCGCUGCCCUCCAGACCGGGCGCCCCUGACCACUGCAGUGCUUGCCCUCAGCCAGAGAGCAGCUUGCUUUGUUUAA